ACAGUUUUGACCUUGUGUGUCUCCUUCAAACGGACGAACUAUCCACCCCCGUUCUCUCCACAGGCGAUAAUGGUUUCAGGUGCUGCGGCAGCUGCUCUCCUCAGCUUCCAUUCUCCCUUCAAGCUGCGCCACUCGGAGGCGCACCAAUCCCCCCUCCCUUGCUUCCCCAAGAGGAUUGACAGGUUAUCACCUUCUGGAGCUGCGACUGAAUCCGAUCUCUCAGCUGCCUCCUCCGGCGCUCUUGCUGCAACCGCUGCUGCGCCUGAAGCGCUGAGUUCACAUCGCGGUAGCAUCGCUUCUGAUCUUGAAAGCUUAUGCAAACAAGGUAGAAUAGAGGCGGCCUUUGAACUCAUCGAUCGGAUGGGGAAACGUGGGAUGCCAGUUCAACCCGGCGAUCUUGCUCUGCUGCUCGAAGCUUGCGUCCAGUCGCGGUCGAUUGCCCUCGUCAGGAGAGCUCAGCGACGGAUUAUGAGAACUUCGUGGAAAUCCUUCAAGCCAAUCGUCGACCAAUUGGCCUGUGUCUAUUGUAAGCUGGGCAGCGCCGAAGACGCGCGCCGCGUGUUCGACGAAAUGGUCGUUCGUCCCGGACUGGCCAGUAAAGGCGAGGCGGACCCCAAGAGGAGGGAGGCGUACGAGAAAGUGCAACGGUUGCAUGAGGAGAUGAGAGCGGCAGGGUACGUGCCGGACACGAGGUUCGUGCUGCACGACAUCGACGAGGCGGCGAAGGAGCAGGCACUGAUGUACCACAGCGAGAGACUGGCCAUCGCCUACGGCCUCAUCAGCACGCCGCCGGGCACCACGCUCAGGAUCAUGAAGAACCUCAGGAUCUGCGGGGACUGCCACAACGCCGUCAAGCUCAUCUCCAAGAUCGAGGGGCGGGAGAUCAUCGUGAGGGACAACAAGCGGUUCCACCACUUCAGGGAUGGUGUCUGCUCCUGCAGAGACUACUGGUGAACACGUAUCUGCUAUCGUUUAUGUGACGCACUUUUGACGGACUAAUUAUAUAUUAGGAACUACCUUUUAUCAUUA